AUGUCGCUCUCCAACAAGCUCGCGAUCACGGACUGCGACCUCAAGGACAAGCGCGUGUUGAUCCGAGUCGACUUCAACGUGCCCCUCGACAAGGAGACGAACUCGAAGAUCACCAACAACCAACGAAUCGUCGGCGCUCUUCCCACAAUCAAGUAUGCGAUCGAACAUGGCGCCAAAGCUGUCAUCCUCAUGUCCCACCUCGGCCGGCCAGACGGCAAGCCCAACUCGAAGUACAGCAUGAAGCCCGUCGUUGCAGAGCUUGAGAAGCUGCUCAACAAGAAGGUCACAUUCACAGAAGACUGCGUGGGAUCAGAUGUUGAGAAGACCGUGAACAGCACCUCAAACGGCGGCGUGGUACUUCUCGAGAACCUACGCUUCCACGCUGAAGAAGAGGGUAGCAGCAAAGACAAAGACGGCAACAAGGUCAAGGCCGACAAGGGCGAUGUCGAAAAGUUCCGCAAAGGCCUAACGGCACUGGGAGACAUCUACAUCAAUGAUGCGUUCGGCACCGCACAUCGCGCGCACAGCAGUAUGGUCGGCGUGGAUCUGCCACAGAAAGCCUCCGGUUUCCUGGUGAAGAAGGAGCUCGAGUACUUCGCAAAGGCUCUCGAGAAUCCACAGCGACCUUUCCUUGCCAUCCUUGGUGGCGCAAAGGUGUCGGACAAGAUUCAGCUGAUUGAGAAUAUGCUGGACAAGGUCAACUCGUUGAUCAUCUGCGGGGGUAUGGCGUUCACGUUCAAGAAGACGCUGGAUGGGAUGAAGAUCGGAAACUCUCUCUUCGACGAGGCCGGCAGUCAAAAGGUCAAGGAGCUGACGGAGAAGGCGAAGAAGAACAACGUCAAGAUCACGCUUCCGGUCGACUACGUGACUGGGGACAAAUUCGGCGCAGACGCCAACACUGGGUAUGCGGAGGACAAGGACGGCAUCCAGGACGGGUGGAUGGGUCUUGAUUGCGGUGAGAAGAGCAUCAAGCUGUUCAAGGAGACGAUCAACGAGGCGAAGACGAUUCUGUGGAACGGGCCGCCAGGAGUGUUCGAGAUGGAAAAGUUCGAAAAGGGCACGAGGGCAACGAUGGAUGCUGCGGUCGAGGCUGCGCAGAAUGGCAAGAUUGUGAUCAUUGGUGGCGGCGACACCGCGACGGUAGCAGCGCAGUAUGGUGUAGAGGACAAGCUGAGCCAUGUGUCGACCGGUGGUGGUGCGUCGCUCGAGCUGCUCGAAGGCAAGGACCUGCCCGGUGUGUCGGCGCUGUCGAGUAAGUAG